CAUUCGACUAAAAAUAUACACUUUCUAAAAAUUAAUUUACCUUACAAUUUUCACACAUUGCAGGGCUGGGCACUAUGAUCGAAAUACGGUCAUACCACAACAGCUGUUUUUCGCAAUUUGAAGAUUUGUUUAUUAUCUUGCAAUUGGAUUUUUGUGAAUCACUUGUAAUUCACUGCCAAAACGAUCAGCGUGCCUUGCCAGUUUCGUCAGACCAGGAAACUUAACCAUGGAACAGGAAAGCUGCAGGAAUAUCAGACGGGAAAAGAACCCAUGGCAGGACGACGGAUCCUCCAUCGCGGUCUUCUACGAAUUCGUCUCCAAGAACGUGUCCAUGCCCUCUGACCUGGGUGAACUGAUCGCAUACGUGUUGCUUCUGGUCAUUACGUGGUACACACUCCUCUUCGCCCUCCGGUUCCUACUCUCUCUGGUGAAACCCGUCCUGGUUGUGCUGGUGGCACUGUUCCUCUUCCGAUUCGUGCGAUCCUUCGAGCUUGAGGACCUCAUCGAUUUUGUCUUCACAAUUUUGGGUCUGGUCCUUAAUCUGGUGGGAUCCAUCGUUGCCAAAUUCAUGGAGUUCAUCUUGAGGAUUUUUAAUUAAAACACGUAGGUUGUCAGAAAUCCAUAUUCCAUUGUUAUGCGCGCUGUAAAUGACAUAAACUUCAUAUAUACAUAUGUAAAAUGCAUGUGCACAUUUGUUAUUAUUUUUACAAACAUAAUUUUGUACGCAAUUAAAAAUUAUAAGUCUAUGUAUAAGUAUUAUUACUAAAUAAAUGGAAGUAUUCAAAAGGCA